AUGGACCAAUUCGCGACCGACGUUAGGCUGCGCUAUCUCGCGGUUUCCGGGGGCUUCCUCGGCGAUGUCGUCAUUAGCAUCUCCAAAUUCUCAGGCGCAUGGGAUCCCCUUGUCCUGUUCAUCCUAAGCGUGAUAUGGUAUCAAGUCGUUCGGACGUCCGCCAUGGAGGUGGCUAUGAUGUUUGGUCUUUAUGUGGAUGGUAUCAUCCCACUACAAUACUAUAUUGUGGAAGGAUCCUAUGCCCUACACAAAGAACAUAUCGACGACUAUUGGCCCUUGUUCCUCAUCGGAACCCUCAUCGAAGUAGGAGCAUACUUUCUGCUAGAUCCCGAGCCCUUUACCUCGCUCGUCUGCCUCAAAUCGCUCGUAUUGGCUUGGAUAUGGCUCGGACGCAACGAGAAAGGUGUCUUUCUCUCCACCGCUAUCCGAAAAGGCAAGGAUGCCAAGCCCAGCAGCAUUCCCGUUGGUGGCGUCGAUUGGGUCGACACCAAUACCCCUCCUCCCUUCCCCACCGACUCCAGGUAUCCCACCGCCGCACGCGAUCUCGCCGCAAAAUAUCCAGACCCUUGGUGUCGCUUGGGCAUGAUGCACAAGCUGAAACGUACGGGGACCGAAGAUGGCAAAGAGAUCUUGCGAGGCUGGCUCGCGGACCCCCCAAAAGAGUCCCGAGCCAAGCGAUUUGCCGAUGAGGCAAAGGCUGAUGCCUUCAAGCACCCGCCCGUCCCAAAGACAAGCAGUUCGGGAACUAGAUCAACCCCGACGCCACCGAAUAGGCCUGAUUCCACCCCUGCGCCACGAAUCCCAAUCCCCUCCGGUCCCACUAGCGAUCUCGCGCGCGUACGACAGCAGCUCAAAAACUCAGGCCUCUACGACUCUGUCGUACGCGAUGGCAUGGUCGAGCACUGGCGAGCCGACCGGGACCGUGCCAAUGCGGAGAAUUCACUCAAGAGGUGGCUCACCGAAAAGGAUGGCGACAAGUACGAAGAGAGAAAGAAGAAUUACGGCGAAAAAGGCAGACUUGUCCAGCAGUGGCGGGACGAGCUUCAAGACCAGCGCGUGCCCGUCUACUUCGAGAACGAGACGGAAAAGUGGAACAAGAUGUUGAGGGACCUAUACCCCGAUCCUUGGGUUCGAUACGGUAUGAUCACGAGCGUCAAAGAGACGUCGGGCAAGAAGCGCGAGGCCAGAAUCAAAGACUUCGCCACGAAGGAAGAACUACAAGCGGCUAGAACGGACAAGCACGGGGCGGUGGGCGAGCGCAUACGCGACCUUUUCGAUGACGAGGGAUGGCAUCGUGUGCCAGAUGGCUUCCACUCGAAAGAAAAGCCGAUGGACCGCGAUGUGGCGGGUGGCGACAAAGGGGGUAAAGCGCUCAGUAAGGAGAAGCUCAGCUCGCUGAGAGCCAAGCUGGAUGGAUGUUCCAUGCGAGAGGCAGAGAGAGCAAAGAUCAUCGAGGUCUUCAGUCGUCCCAGGUGCCAAUCGCAGGAGGCGGCGGCGCUGGCAAGGCUCGAGGAUCAUAAAAUCCAGCUGGAGCUGGACUCGGCGGAAAAGGCGGCGGCGGUCAAGCGGGUCGGGUCUUCAUAA